AUGUUUCCACCGGAUGCUGUUGCCGGCUUAUUCCUGAUCUUUUUCGGUAUUAUCGGGAUACUUUUGUACGGUCUCAUCACCUACAGUAUGCUGCAAAUGAUCGGAGAGAUCGUUGGAUUCCGAUUUCUUAUCAGUCAAGCAAUCACUGACGUUCUUUUGUUGGUACAGUUUGCGAUUUGGCCUGGGAUUACGAUACUAUGCCAGGAUGAGAUAAUUCCAGUCGGAUCCAGAUGGCACGUGCACAUUUAUCUCGACUUCACAUGGUGGGCAAUGGUCUAUCACUACACCGUAGUGGCGUGGUCUCGAUGGGCAGCUGUGCAGUGGCCGAACUGGUUUCGCGUCCUAUCGCCCACGACAUGUCUAGCCAUUUGUGCUGCACCAUGGGUUACAGGACUCGUGCAGUCCAUCGUGGAACAUCAAUUCAAGUGGUUCGUGCCACUCUAUUUCAACCCAGAUCGAUACGGUAUGGAUGCCGACUGGGUGAAAUACAACGCAUAUGGUACCCAUACGUACUAUAUGGUCUGUAACGUAGUCCUGAUGGUGUUGCCUUUUCCGUUCUACGCGGCUGCGCUGAUGGUCCUCUUUCAACGACAGGCUGAGCGGACCAUUAAAGCGAGAAUUCACACACCCCGUGGUACUACACCGGCACUAUUGUCUGUUCAACGACAAAUGAGCAUAGAAACCCGUCUGCUGGUGCCGUGUAUCAUUAAUACGGUACUUUUCGUCGUGGGACAGAUUUUCAUCUCUCAGUGCUCGAAACAUGGCAAAUGGAUGAACUGGGCAGUGAUGGUGGUUUUCGCUGCGAACUCACUAGUCAACCCACUUCUGUACCUCUUUUUCAGGUCAGGAAAUAUC